CUGUGUGCGCGCGCCUCCCGGGCGGAUUCAGGCCCCCAGCGUGCGGGCGCGGCAGGGGGCGGCAGAUCUGUUCUGAGGACCAAGAUUCAUUUGGGGGAUGGUUACAGAAUUGAACCAUGGAUUUUUUUCUGAUCAAGCAGACAGUUGAGCAUAGAGUCCAAGGAUGAGUGUUCACCGUGACAGUGAGAGCAACAGGUUAUUGCGACAGGAGGCCAACUGCCUGAUGGAUGAAACCUCAGCUGCAGCCCAAGAAAAAGAAACAAACAGCCUGACUUCUGGUCUUCAAAAUCUUACUUAUUCUCUAGGUCCCAGGAAUGAUGACCUUUCACAUGACUAUGCCUCUCAGCCAGCAAAUCUUCAGUUUCCUCAUAUAAUGUCACUUCCCGAAGACAUCAAAAGCUCCUGCUUCCAGAGUGGGAAUAAACGGAACCAUGAACCCUUUAUUGGUCCAGAACGAUUUGGAAACAGCACUGUGGGCUUUGGCACUAACAUUCAUUCCCAGGCACCAGAGAAAGUGACACUUCUUGUAGAUGGCACACGUUUUGUUGUGAAUCCACAAAUUUUCACUGCUCAUCCGGAUACCAUGUUGGGAAGGAUGUUUGGACCAGGAAGAGAGUACAACUUCACACGGCCCAAUGAAAAGGGAGAGUAUGAGAUUGCUGAAGGAAUCAGUGCAACUGUAUUUCGAACAGUAUUGGAUUAUUACAAAACUGGUAUCAUCAAUUGUCCUGAUGGCAUCUCUAUCCCAGACCUUAGAGAUACGUGUGAUUAUCUCUGCAUUAACUUUGACUUCAAUACUAUCCGAUGUCAAGAUCUGAGUGCUUUACUGCAUGAACUGUCUAAUGACGGUGCUCACAAGCAAUUUGAUCACUACCUCGAAGAACUAAUCCUGCCUAUCAUGGUGGGCUGUGCCAAGAAAGGGGAACGAGAGUGCCACAUCGUUGUGCUGACAGAUGAGGAUUCUGUAGACUGGGAUGAAGACCACCCCCCACCCAUGGGGGAGGAAUAUUCCCAAAUUCUUUAUAGCUCCAAGCUCUAUAGAUUCUUCAAAUAUAUUGAGAAUCGGGAUGUUGCUAAAACAGUGUUAAAGGAACGGGGCCUGAAAAACAUUCGCAUUGGAAUUGAAGGUUACCCUACCUGUAAAGAAAAAAUUAAGAGAAGACCUGGUGGCCGGUCUGAAGUAAUCUAUAAUUAUGUGCAGCGCCCCUUUAUCCAGAUGUCAUGGGAAAAGGAAGAAGGAAAGAGUCGCCAUGUGGAUUUCCAGUGUGUUCGAAGCAAAUCCCUCACUAAUCUGGUAGCUGCUGGAGAAGAUGUCUUGGAGGACCAGGAGAUAUUAAUGUAUCACCCGCCCCAAGUGGAUGAACUUGACCGGCUAAAUGCCCCACUUUCUCAGAUGGUUUCUAACGACUUUCAGGAUUAAGGCCAGCUGUGGGUCCACCUCUCUCCAGAGCUUUUCUGUCUGGGUUGCCCAAAGCCAGUCCUCCCCAUGAGUAAGACAUGCUUCUCCCCCGUCCUUUCCCUUUUUCCCGUAAUUAACGUGUGUCAUUUUCAGUAUGUCUGUACCUCCAGCAGGGGAUGAAAAAGCACUCACUGGUAAUUAAGCUACCAGCUUUGCAGCAGCCCUGGUAACUUGAAAUUUUAUGUCUGGUGCUGUUCACUAAGUCUGCAUAAUUGCAAAAGCAGGAAAGGAAGUCGAGACUCCUGUUGCCUCAUAUUCAGCAAAGCAGUUCUCAUCCUUUAUGCUUUGUUCUUGGCUUUUGUUUUGUUUUGUUUUAUACCAGGCAAAUUACUUAGCAAAGGGACCAAACUUAAAAGGUGACAAUCUCUAUCUUCUACAAGUAGACAUUAAUGGGAUACUUGUUAGAGGUUAAAGAAAAUGCUGUUCCUGGUGGCAUCUGCCUUCAGAUUGCAUCUGAGAACUAGACUCUCAUUCAAAAUGUCUAAAAGGAAAUUCUUAAGUGCUUAAAUUCAGUUUUGUUUUUUCAUUAAGGCAAAGAACAAUCCAAAACCACAUAGAUUCUGUGACAGGAAGGAUAAUGGCAUAACAAUGUUUAUGAAAUCUUUUUAGCUUCAUGGUGUUUGAGCCUAAAUAAAUUACUCAUUUGGAAUGAAACUCACAACUCAAGUAGAACCUCCGAAUCAGGCCACUUUGAUCAUCCUGGCUUGGAAUCUGGUGUGAAGCCAUAAAUCUUCACCCUAAGGCAACACAAUCUUCACCCUAAGGCAACACAUUGCUGUGGGUAUGUCUGGCAGGCCAUAGAUAUGGCUUAAAGGUCUUCAAGAUGUGGGUAAAAAUUUCUCACAGGUGUUUAUUUAGUUUCUCAAUAGAAAGACUUAUAAGAGCUCCAGGCAGGGAGCAUUUGGGGUGAAGCUGGGUAGGGAAACAUCACCUGCCCUGGCUUUGUCCCAUUACAGGGUUUUUCUUUGUAUAUUUUCAUACUAUGGAAUUUUUUUGGAUACUAUGAUAUUUCAGUUUUUGAAGUAGCCUGUGCGUUGCUCACACUGGGUAAGUAAACUAUACUAAUGUCAUCCCCAAAGGAUGAGUUGAAAGGAAACUAGACCUAGAAAUUUUGCUUGAUCUGUUAGCCCUGUGUUAACAAUGCAUCAACCCAGAUCACUCUCCCCUGUAGAGGUAAAUCUGCCGGUGUCACCAGAUCACUCUUCCUAAGAAAAUGCUCCCAGUACUGAACCAUCUUUCCAGAUGUCCCUAUGGCUGUUAACAGCGGAGCUAAAUUUAAACUCAUGUGUCAUGGGAUUAUCUCCCAUUUUGUGGUAGAGGUCGGCCUUCUAAUAACCUACCCAGAGCAUUUACUCGUCACAGAUUACAAAGAGGCACAUAGUUUCCUCCAAGUUAAGAACAUGACUAGUUUUCUUAAAUUCCAUUCCCAUAAGAUACUAUAGGGCAAGCUACUUGAUUUCAUUUUGUGACUGCUCUAGUCAGAGUCCUCUCAAAGGUGAAAUCAGAUGAGUAUUGAAACCUGCUCUUUCCAGGCCUUUAGAACAAGUGUUCUCAAGAAGUGUGUUCUCUGUGCAUGUGAUCAGCGUCACAGUGGAUGCUCUGUUCCUUUCUCUGAAAAAGUAAUGAGUUAAAGUGAACCAUCUCCCACCUCCAGAGUUCUUCUGAUUGCCAUUGGCAUCCAUUUGUAAGGCUGUUGGCCGAGGUCAGGAUUAUUUUGUAGCCAGAGGGUAGUUUUAUUUUUGUGAAGCUAAUUGGCUCAUAUUUGAGGUCAGGUUUCACUUUAACCUUACCAGUACUACAUUCAUAUCCACUAGUAGUUGGCCAACCCAGAUAAUUGUUUAAUGGUGCUUCCUUUAAAUUUCUCAGUUGACUUCCGUGUCAUUACAAAGGAAAUUUGCAUUGAUUGUGUAGUCUGUGAUAUAUGUAACUUGUUAUACAGCUUAUGUGUUAACAUUUAAUAAGUGUAAACACGCAGCUAAUAUUCUUUAAAACUAAUUUAAUUAGUGCUUGCUUAGGUAAAGUCAAGUAUGAAAGUAUGGCAUGUACUUAACACUUUUUCCUAUGUAAAUGAUUAAUUUCCUCAGGCUUUCAAGAACUAGAUCACCAAAUUGGGUGAACAUAGUUUUAACCCCAACCCUGUGGGGGUUUGAGUAAGCUGAAAAUCUGUAGAGGUAAAUCUGCCGGUGUCACCAGGCAGUUGUGACUGAGGGAAAAGCUGGGCCCUCAAAUUCUUUCUGGUAGAGGUGGUUUCUUGUGUGUCCCAUACCCUCCUGGCCUGUAGCUCAGCAUCACUGUGAUUCAGUGGCUCCCCUCGGCUGUAGCUGCUCUGUUCCCAGGGCCGGGACAUUCUGCAAUGGCAGGACCUCUUAGUUCUCAUAGGGACAAGGGCUGGGUUGUGGUCAUGCCCUUCAGAAUCAGUUACUGGCCACCUGGGCAAGAGGUGUUUCUAAUAAAAAGAUGGGAGUCAGUUUUGUUUUUCUAAGUGCCUACAUAAGUAAGCCAGGCUGUUUAUAUAGAAACAUUUUCCUAAGAAAAUGGUUUUAACCUACACUAUCUUACUCAGAGGUAUCUCAGUAAGCCAAGAUGAACCUGAAUUUGAGGUUUAGAAUGUGAGUUUGUGUCUGCAUCCAUUAUCACGUAUAGUUGAGGAAACAUUUGACAUUGAGGAGUUGGAGAGCAGUGGGCAAGGAGACAGCGUUCAAAUGUGCCUGUUGAGAUUACUUAAUGGUUUCCCCAAAGUGGAAGAAAGGUACUGAAAGAAUGACAGCAAAAAAGGUAAGGAAGCUAGAAAGUAGCUGGAUUUGUUGCCACACAGUAUGCAUAAGCCAAUAUUAUUUUAAACUAAAAUUCAAGAGAAUGGCGUUAUCUUAUGUAUACAGGUCUAUGAAAAUACUGUUCCAACGGGUCUUUGUGGAAGUAAAAUCAAUCAGAACACAGGCUUUAACUCAUACUGUCAAAGUGUGAUAAAAUGCCCUCAUUGAGUGAAAAUAGAAAGGGUUUUAGUAAUUUAUUCAAUGCCACUUCUUGCCAUCAUUCUGAAAUUGUUAAAAUGGGCGUAGUGAGUUCAGAAAGCAAACUUGAUGCCUUCUUGGGAGAUGGAGCCCCAUUCGUGCUCUGGGUGGGACCACCUCUGCAGGAGAACACAUUUUCUCUUAAAGGCAAAAUGCUUAUAGGUUUUGCCUCUUUACUUUGUACUUAAAGUUGCACAUGUUCACCUACCAGUUGUUUACAAAAUCCUAUAUUCGAGAUGCUUUUUUUUAAUAAUAAAAUAUUAUCAUUUGUG